AUGGCGGCGGCCGGAUCAGCAUUGACGUCGGUGAACGAGGGCGACGAGAACCCGCUGUUCUACGAUGAUCCCGAUCUCGCCGUCGACGAUUAUAUCCCCAAGGACCGGCACGACUUGGAGCUGAUGAGGGAGCGCCUCUCAAAGCUACUGCUGGGGGACGACCCCUCCGGAGGCGCCAAGGGCUGCGGGCCCGCCCUCGCCAUGGCCAACGCAAUCACCAGCGUCUCAGCGUCCGUGUUUGGAGACAGCUUGCGGUUGCGGCCAUUGAGGGAGGAGGACAAGAACAAGUGGCGGCGGGAGAUGGGCAUCAUGGUGUCGGUGUGUCGUCACAUCGUGGAGCUGGCGCCAGGCUGGCAGACGCGGCCAGAUGGGACCAGAUUCGAGGUGAUGAAGCGGAGAGUGAGGGAGGACCUGCGAAUCAACCUCCCAGCACUCACCAAGCUAGACCAUCUGCUGCAGAGCAUACUAGAUCAGAGCACGUCAAAUGAGUAUUACUAUGAGGAUGAGGUGGUUGGAGGGCAGGAGCCGAGAGAAGAAGAUGAAGAGGAGGAGGAGGAAGAGGAGGAGGAGGAUGACGUGGAUGUUGUUGAUGAUGACGUGGAUGGGGACAUUGUGGAUCGGGACUUCGAUCUGAAUGCUGACGUGGCAGUAGGUUCGGAAGAGGGAGGGAUAAGGUCGGAAGAGGGAGGUGUAGGUUCGGAAAGGGGAGGAAUAGGGUCGGAAGACGGAGGGAUAGGGUCGGAAAAGGGAUCAGCAGCUGGAGGGGGAGGGAGUGGAAUCACAAAGGGGGUUGAAACCGGAGAGUUUCUUUCCCAAAAGGAAGGUGGGAGAAGCAGUAGGGGAGAUAGUGGGGUGAGCGGUGGGAGUGGGUUGAGUGGGUUGCGUGGUGGUAGUGCGAGCAGCAACAGCGAGGAGCAAAGAGAGGAGGACUAUCUUGACUCAGCGAAUCAGCAGACACAGGAGCAGCAGGAGAGGCAGGAGCAGGAGCAAAGGGGGGAGCAGGAGAAGCAGGAUGAGCAGCAGGAGGAGCAGGAGGAAAAGCAGCAAGAUCAGCAGCAGCAGGAGGAGCAGCACGUUUUAGAUACCGAAAGGCUGGAGCAGCAGUUUCGAAGGAGCAUCUCUGCACCCUCUGAGAGGCGCGAGAGUGGCGACUUUGCAGAGGUGGAUAAGGAGUAUGCUGCUAGGCUGAGUGGCAAGGACACCGGUCCAAGCCGCGACUCCCCAGGCAUUCCUCCUGCUGCUUUUGAGUCGACUCAAAAGUCACCCAGCCGUGACUCCCCAGGUAAUCCUGCUGCUGCUCAUUCUGGUGCCUCCGUUUCUCCCGGGCCUUGCCCGCUACCGAGCAAUGCUGCUGGUGCUGCUGGUGGUGGCAGUGGGGGUGUGAAGGAGCUGGCUAGGAGGAGAACGACGGGGAGAAUGGGCAGCCGCAGCUACGACCUGGGGUCGUUUGUGAGGGGCAGGUCGAAGGAGGCCGCAGGGAAAGCGGAUAUGCUGCAGGAACGGAUGGGGCAAUGGCAGGGGCAGGAGCAGGAGCAGGAGGAACAGGAGGAGGAGGAGGAGGAGGAGGAGGAGGAGGAGGAGGAGGAGGAGGAGGAGGAGGAGGAGGAGGAGGAGGAGGAGGAGGAGGAGGAGGAGGAGGAGGAGGAGGAGGGGGAGUGCCGUGGAGGUGGAAAGGGGGAAGAAGCGAGUGAGGUCAUGAAGGCGUGCAUGUUCAUCAAUCAGCAGAUUCUGCAGGACAUGGACGUUCCGGACGCCUUCCUACAGCGUCUACCCAAGAGUUUGAAGACAAUACUGGGCGACAGGGUGUACAGUCUGCUGCUCUCGACGCCUUAUAACGAGGAUAAAGUGCUCGGCUCAGUCGAUUUGAGCAAUCAAAGGGCGGCACUAAAGCUGGCAUGCAAGAUGGAAGCAGCACAGCAGAUCUGGAUCAGGCAGCUCCAGGCAGCCAGGGAGCCGUACCUCACGCACACGCUGGGCGGCAGUUAUUUGUCCACUAGCAGCCGCGAGAUCAUGCGGCUGGAGGAGAAUCUGGAGCGGGUGGCAUCAUGCCUCGCUGCCAUCCGCCGCAUGUGGCCCGACCUCCCUCAAACCACUCUGGACCUCGCCAAAAUCGCAUUCAACCGGGUGAGAAGGAGGGUUCUGUUUGUGUCUAGAUGGGCCAAGGUCAUGUUCUGGUUGUGCUACCUCUUUGGCCCUUUGGGGCAAUGGAGUGGCAUCGUGCCUCGCUGUCAUCCGCCGCAUGUGACCCGACCUCCCCCAAACCACUCUGGACCUUGCCAAAAUCGCAUUCAACCGGGUGGGAAGUCAGGUGGUGGGAGAUGGGACACGCGGCCGCCCAGAAGUCCCGAGUUGCGGAAUUCGUCUGUAGCGGCGGCAGGGAUGAGUCGGUUGGGCGGGAAUGGGAGUGGUGGAAAUGGGAGCAGCGGGAUGAGUUUCCGGGACAGAUUUCGGAGCGCCACACUAGCAGCUCCCACCACCAGUGCAGCUGCUGCCGCUACUGCUGGUGCUGCUGAUGCUGCUGCUGCUGCUGGUGCUGCUGCUGGUGGCGCUGGUGCUGCUGCUGCUGGUCCUGCGUCUGGUGCGAUGGGCUAUUCCCAGUCUCUACCAGCAUACGAACCCAAGCAACAACAGCAGCCGUACCUACGCAGAACAGGCUCCUUUCAACCUACCUCCCAGAGUCGAGGCGGUGUGAUGCGGACAGUGAGGAGGAGUCAAAGCGGGGGGCUGGAGGAGGAGGUAAUGAGGCUGAAGCUUGAAGCAGGGGAGGCUGGGGGGGGUGACUCGCCUGUCCUGACUAAGACCCCGGGGUUUGUUCUUGUCUCGGCGUCGCAGAGUGGUGGCGGUGGUUCUGGUGGUGGUGUGGGGGGGUACUCGUCUCGACCACCACACCCACCCAAUCGUUCGGCUAGUGGUGACUGGACAUGA